AUGAAAGAAUGUGCAAGCUAUGAAGAAAUUUGUACAAGCUACCGAUCUGCCAUCUUAAACUCUCAUCCUAGUAAGUUACAGAAGACAUCUAAGUCAUUCAAACUUGACCAUGAGUCAAAGGAAAGAUUUUUGAAGGUACAGAGAGCUUGGGAAAUCCUCAACAAUUUGAGUUCACGGUCAGUUUAUGAUAGUGAGUUUCGAGCUCUGAGACAGGAUGCUGUAAUUGCAGAUGAUGAUGUCAGUUUGGAUGAUAUGAUGGUUGAAGACGCUGGAGAAGCCUUGGAGCUCUUUUACCAAUGUCGAUGCGGUGACUACUUCUCUGUUGAUUCUCUAGAGCUGGAAAAAUUGGGGUAUGUAUUGUUGAGAGAUAGGAAUAAGAUUUCUCUGUAGACACAAGAUGAUUCACCUGCAUCGUUGGUUCUUCCUUGUGG